AUGGAGUCAAACAUCUGUGCAGUGCAGCAUGACCCAGAAUACACAGUGGUAGAGAAGCGGGUCGGAGCUCACUUCCUGGAGACGGUUGUUCGACAGUUUGACGAAGUGUACAAGAACCCUUCGGAAACCAAGGAGUGCGACAACCUGAUCUCCAUCAUCUGCCACCUGUACAACUUCCAGGUGGUUCACUCCGUACUCGUUUUCGACAUCCUGAAACACCUGGUGGGAGACUUCAGGGAGAAGGACAUCGAGCUGGUUCUUCUCGUGCUGAGGAACGUCGGCUUCGCUCUGAGGAAAGACGACGCUCUGGCCCUCAAAGAGCUCAUCUGUGAGGGACAGCGAAAAGCUGGGGACGUGGGGACAAAGUUCCAGGAUCAGACCAGGGUACGCUUCAUGCUGGAGACCAUGCUCGCUCUGAAGAACAACGACAUGAGGAAAAUCCCCGGAUACGAUCCUGAACCCAUGGAGAAACUGAGGAAGCUGCAGAGGACUCUGCUGCAGCGCCGAGCAGGAGGCCGUGACAUGAAGCUGAGGGUCUCUCUGGAUAAUCUCCUGGCAGCAGAUCAGAUCGGGCGAUGGUGGAUCGUCGGUUCCUCGUGGAGCGGAGCGCCGAUGAUCGGAGAGCAAAACGCCUCCAAAGAGAGUGAAGGAAAG